AUUGACCGUUGGCCACACAUUAGCAAGAUGCUGUCGCUGUCGCUACUUGCUGCUAGAGCGCGGCUGCUACGCACUCCCACCGCUACUCAUUGUGUCUCCAUUGCAGCUCGCUCUGUCAGCAACAAUACCACUGCUAUUUCCACUCAAUUCAACCACCUCCUGGUGCCAAAAUCCCGUGCAUUUUCGACCAUCAACAGUCCAAAAGACGAAGAUGAAGAAGUCACGGAAGAACUCAGCGUAGAUGAAGACGACGACGAAAAGAACCAACCAAUCAACGGUGAAAUGAGUCCACUUGAACGCCUUAUGCAGCACUCGCAACAGUUCCAACUGGAGAUGGAGCAGGACGACGAUAAUGACAAUGAACAAGGCGAUAACGCUGCACAGGGACACGACGAUGAAGGUGACGACCCGUUCACCAGUGAGUGGAAUUUGCUAAACGACAAGCAGAAGAACAAAAGCAGCAGCCGCAGCUCUGGUGUCUUCAAGCGCAACACGUUCCGUCGUCGUGGAAACUCGGACCGUCACUGGAAACUCGGACGACGAGCCGAGGGGCAUCUCAUCAGCAAGGACAUGGACGAAAUCGAUUACGACGCGGAGCUGGAGAACGUCUGGGAUGAGGAGCAACUUAAGCAGCGCAAGUUCCACCAGGCACUACGUCGCGAACAGGAUAAGGACCACGUGUGCACCAACUGCGGGGAACGUGGCCACCGUGCGAGGAACUGUCUGAUCCCUCGCAUCUGCUCCAACUGCGGCAACUUGGGCCACACGGCGCGUCAGUGCAGAUACCGGAGGAAUCCAGACUCAGUCGAUGAGUUCUUGUUGGAGGAAGAAGAGUUCCAACAGAAGAGGAAGAAGAGUCAGAAGCUUCGUAAGAAAGCAGCCAAGGCAGCAAGAAACCCGAGCAUGCCGCGUCUUAAGGAGUUGCCCACCAGUGAUUUGAACAAGCGCAAUGAGAGUCUGCGUAAAGAACUGGACGCCGAACUCGACGCGUAUGCUGACAUGUUAGAAGAAAAAGAUCGCAAACGUAAAGAGGACUCGGAGCAGUAGAGAGGAAAAAGGUAUCCGUUAGACGCACAGCUAACUCAAUAGCGUAAUUGCUCUCUCCUAGUCGAGCAUGUCCUUGCA